ACCUUCUUUGUCUACGGCCCAUCGUUUCGACACAACUGUGGGAGGGGGGUUUGUUUAUUUUUCCCUUUAAUUUCGAGGAUAUAUUUUCUAAUAUAUCCCUAAUUUUCUGACAUUUAAUGACAGUCGACUCUGAACUAUUUAUGCCUAAAAGUAAAGCGCCUAAAAUGGAUGACCUGGACUACAUCCCUGUAGACCUGAGCCCAGAGGAGCGCUCUGAGCUGGAAGACAUCCGCAGGAGGAAGGGCAUCCUGCUGCAGGAGAUCCAGAGGCUCAGGGAGGAGUUAAGAGAGGCUAUUCUAGAAGUAGAGGGACUGGAGAGCAGCACAGAGGGCAGUAAAACUUUACAGAAAAGUAGGCAUGUGGCAAUGGGACGAAAGAAAUUCAACAUGGACCCAAAAAAGGGUAUUAUGUUCCUGGUGGAGAACGAGCUGCUCAGACACACAUCAGAAGACAUUGCACAGUUCUUGUACAAAGGAGAAGGCCUCAACAAGACUGCUAUAGGAGAUUACCUGGGAGAAAGAGAUGACUUCAACAUCAAAGUGCUUCAAGCUUUUGUUGACCUUCACGAGUUCACAGAUCUGAACCUGGUCCAGGCCCUCAGGCAGUUCCUGUGGAGUUUUCGUUUGCCUGGUGAAGCGCAGAAGAUUGACAGAAUGAUGGAGGCCUUCGCCCAGAGGUACUGUCACUGCAACCCCGGCGUCUUCCAGAGCACCGAUACUUGUUACGUGCUUUCAUUUGCUAUAAUUAUGCUGAACACCAGCCUCCAUAAUCCGAACGUAAGGGACAAACCUGGAUUGGACCGUUUCAUCUCAAUGAACCGGGGCAUCAACGAUGGGGGGGACCUGCCCGAGGAGCUGCUCAGAAACCUUUAUGAAAGCAUUAAAAAUGAGCCUUUUAAGAUCCCAGAAGACGACGGUAACGACCUAACACACACCUUCUUCAACCCGGACAGAGAGGGCUGGCUCCUUAAACUCGGAGGAAGAGUGAAAACCUGGAAACGCCGAUGGUUCAUUCUCACAGACAACUGCCUUUAUUACUUUGAAUACACAACAGAUAAGGAGCCACGAGGCAUCAUCCCUUUAGAAAACCUUAGUAUUCGUGAAGUGGAAGACCCAAGGAAGCCUAACUGCUUUGAGCUGUACAUCCCGAACAACCGCGGCCAGCUCAUCAAGGCGUGUAAGACGGAGGCUGAUGGGCGAGUGGUGGAAGGAAACCACAUGGUGUACCGUAUCUCUGCGCCCACCCCGGAGGAGAAGGAUGAGUGGAUCCACAGCAUCAAGUCUGCGGUUAGUGUGGAUCCCUUCUAUGAAAUGCUUGCUGCCAGGAAGAAACGUAUAUCACUGAAGAAGAAAGAGGAGCAACCCUAGAUCUAGAUUCCUUCCAUCAUUCCUCCCCCUCCUCUGCCUCAUCCCUGCUCCUCACUACUUUAGUUAACUCCUCAGACGCCUCCUCUUCCUGUUCUGAGGCCUCCUGUUUAACUCGCCCACCAGACUUUUGAAAAGCUGCGACCUUCUGUUGCUGUCACGCAUUCUGCUGCUGUUACACAACUCGACACACCAGAGCACAAAAAGCUUCUCUGUCUCCUUCGGUCUUGUUUUAGUGGACUGUGGUGUGUUU